UUUGUGUUUGUGUUUGUGUUCUGUUUUGUCUAUAAAACAAGCCAUUAGCUCUGCUCUCAGUCUUUCACUUUUAUCCAUCUCUCUGUUCUAGCAUUGCCCUGUUUCACUAGCCACUUUCCAAUUCUAAGUUCUUCUAUAUAUAGAGAACUAAACACAUUGUACAAGAAAAACUAGCAAGAAAUACUAGUGCAUGUUCUUGGUAUAUUUCAUAGAUAGUUGCUGAGUGUUGUUAUAUUGGUGAAGAUCAAUGGCAAUGUUGGUUUCGAUGAAAUUGAUUCCGGUUACUUUGCUGCUGCUCUGCGUCGCAGCCAUUGCUGCCACUGACCACAGGAGUGGUAAAAAAGAGGAGGUGCAGAGCUCAACCAACUCAUCUAUGGAAGCAAGUGUGAAAGAUGCUGAAGGUCUGAGCAAGCAUGCAGUUUCUGACCCAGAUGAGAUUGCUGCCAUGGUUGAGAUGAGCAUUAGUAACAGUACUGAAAGGAGGAAAUUGGGGUAUUUCUCCUGUGGAACUGGGAAUCCUAUUGAUGAUUGCUGGCGUUGUGACCGUAACUGGUUUCGCAACAGGAGACGCCUUGCUGAUUGUGGCAUUGGCUUUGGCAGAAAUGCCAUUGGAGGCCGUGAUGGUCGGUUUUAUGUUGUCACUGAUCCUGGUGAUGAUGACCCUGUUAACCCCCGGCCUGGUACCUUGCGUCAUGCUGUUAUUCAAGACGAGCCACUCUGGAUCGUGUUUAAGCGUGAUAUGGUGAUCACAUUUAAGCAGGAGCUCAUAAUGAACAGCUUUAAGACAAUUGAUGGCCGCGGUGUGAAUGUUCAUAUUGCUAAUGGAGGGUGCAUUACAGUCCAGUUUGUCACCAAUGUAAUUAUUCAUGGUUUGCAUAUCCAUGACUGCAAACCAACUGGAAAUGCUAUGGUUAGGAGCUCACCGUCCCAUUAUGGCUGGAGGACUAUGGCUGAUGGCGAUGCCAUUUCAAUCUUCGGGUCAAGCCACAUAUGGGUUGAUCACAAUUCACUCUCUAACUGUGCUGAUGGCCUUGUUGAUGCUGUCAUGGGCUCAACCGCGAUCACAGUUUCUAACAAUUACUUCACUCAUCACAAUGAGGUCAUGUUGUUGGGUCACAGUGACACCUACAUGAGAGACAAGCAAAUGCAAGUGACUAUUGCCUUCAACCAUUUUGGAGAGGGCCUUAUCCAGAGAAUGCCAAGGUGCAGACACGGAUAUUUUCACGUAGUUAACAACGACUACACUCACUGGGAGAUGUAUGCAAUUGGCGGAAGUGCAAGCCCCACCAUCAACAGCCAAGGCAACAGAUACCUUGCCCCAGUCAAUCCUUUCGCAAAGGAGGUGACAAAGAGAGUUGAUACUAAUGCUGGCCAGUGGAGAGGUUGGAACUGGAGGUCAGAAGGCGAUUUAUUACUAAACGGGGCCUAUUUCACUCCAUCUGGAGCCGGAGCUUCAGCCAGUUAUGCCAGAGCUUCAAGCUUGGGUGCAAAGGCUUCUUCUAUGGUUGGCACCAUUACUUCUGGAGCUGGUGUCCUAGGCUGCCGCAGGGGAAGCCAGUGCUAGCGACUAAGGAAUCUCAUGGCUCAGUAUAUUGUAUUAAAACGAGUCUUUUUUCCUCGCCAAAACUUCCAAUUUACUAUUACAUAGCGCGUUUUUCUCCCUCAGCAUCGCUGCAAUUUCCUUUACUCUUGGCAAGUGUACAUUUUUUACGCAUGUCAUUAUCAUUUCUCCCCAACAUCCGUCCCCUGUUGUGCAACCUCAGCCUGCUUAUCUGAAAAAACAGUCCUUAUUCGAGGGGUAGGCCUGGAAGCGUUGUUCAUCUCUGCGUCUCCUUCCUUAUAUAUCUAAAACCUUCUCCAUUUAACCACCAUUGGCUUCCGAUCAUCUGAUUAUAUUUGAAAUAGUUGCUACUUAUUAUCAUGUUGCUGGCAUUUGGGUUCAUAGCAGAACAGUUAUUUUGUAAUUUUAUUCUUAGCAUACCGAGUCAUACGUAAAAAUACAAGUUAUAUUGUGAAUGCCAAACUCUUUCUCCAAUCUGUAAAGAAGCUAAUGUCAAAAGUUUCUUCCUUUAUCUUUAUCAAUGAAAGCAUCUUGCUGCUCUUCUUAAA